UGGGAUUGGCCGUAGAGGUUUUGAACCGUUUGAACAGUUUCAGCGGUUAACAAGCAGUACAGUGUGGAGACGAGGCAGCAGCUGUGACGAGUGCAUCGUACAAAUGGAUCAAUAAUAACGAAAUCAUUUUAUUUCACCAGCGAGACCGCAUUUUUUAGGGAUUCAUUUUCGGUGACUUCCGCAGAAAGGCACUCAACAUGACCUCCCCAUUCUCAUUCGUGCUGUCCCUUAAGGAACUGUUUGCUGGGAAACUGCAGCAGUUCAUGAGUGACAUUGAUGAUGUUCACAGUGUUUGGCUGACUGAAAUCAAGCAGGAAGCCGACCGCAUGUUGUCAAGUGAUUUUAGUGCUGAGCCAGAAUUGAUGCCAAAAACUCCAUCUCAGAAAAGAAACAACCGCAGGAAGCGUGUAUCCCUGGGCUAUCAAGAAGAGACUCGAGCCAAGAGACGGUUUUCCAAGGGCAAACGUAGCAAAUUACGGGGCUCCUCUGUUAAAACUUUGGACCUUCUCGCUGAAGAUGAGGGCAUACCCCGAGCCAGCACGUCAGGGCAGGUUGUCGAGCAGCCCAAACGAAGCACUCGCAGAAACAAACAAACCGUGGCUGAUGCAUCACUGGAGGAAGCAGCCUUCAGUGACUGCAGUGCAGAACAGGUACCUGAGGUGGGACCAGAGGUUGCAGAUCAGGAGUUGAAGACUGCAGUAGCUGAGGAGAAAUCAGAGGUCAUAGAUAUGGAGUUGGAGACGGCGGUACCCGAUGCUGAGACAGAGAUCGAAGAAGAGACAGAGAUCGAAGCAGACGAGCCCAAAGCGUGUUCCUCCAUCCCCACACCGUCGCCGCCCGAGAUCCCCGCCCCCACGGUCUCAGUGAGAAUCUCUUCCACAGACCGCCGCUCUGCAGAGCUGGUUGCACAGCGCGUGGUGUCGCCCGGCCGCAGUGCCACCAAAAUAGUCAUAGCUGAUACACCCAGUAGGGCCCGACGUAUCUCCAACGUGCGCCUCUCCCUCAAGCUGCGCUACUCCAAGGCCGGGCUCCGGCAAAGCAGGAUGCAGGAUGGUGUGCGCCGGACCUCCAGGCGCUCCAUCCUGAAGAAGAAAUUGACUCGUGGUGGCAACACGACAUGCAGUAGCAAUGAUAGUGAUGAUUCUUGCAUUGAAAUUGAUGGAGAAGUGGAGAAGGACAGAGAAUUGCCGUCGGUGCAGAGCGAUGACGCUGAAACGGCGGCUGACGAACCACAAGCUAUCCCAGACAAGGCAGGGAGCGGAAACGAGCGUGUGACUCGCUCCAUGGCGGUCAACUCUCCUGUGCUCCUAUUCUCCCCGGUGCUCUCCAGCAUGUUAAGAGGCGUCCCCUCGGUCCUCUCCCCAGGCGGUGCAAAGACGACUCCUGUGGGAAGUUGGAGGGGCAGCCGAAAUAGCAAGCGCAAAUCCCCUGAAGCAAAGGAGGCCACCCCAAACAAGAAGCCCUUACCUGCAAAGAAAAGCCAAUCGGUCAUGAGGCCCAACAUGAGGGCCUUCCUCCAGACAGUACAGAAGAACCAGAUGCUUAUGAUGGCUCCAGCGUCUAUGGGCCGCAGCACUGUGAUGAAGUCCUUCAUUAAACACACCACGCCCCUUAAGGUCGACGCAAAGGCCAAAGAACGCCUCAAACUGGAAGCUCUCAAAAAGAAGCAGGAGCAGGAGGAGGAGAGGAUAAAGAAGAUGGAGGAAGAGAAGAGACGAAAGCUUGAUGAACAGAAACGGAAGAGGGACGAGAGGCUGAGGAGAGUGGUGGAGGCCCGAAUGAAGGAGGACGAGGAGAAGAAAAAGAGAAUCGAGCAGAAAAUGUCCCAGACCGAUGAGAAAAAUGAUAAGAUGCGUGUUGAGCGCGUGGCAGAAGAAAAGGCCAAGAAGAAAGUGGCUGUGAAGCGUCAGGAGGAGCUGGAGCAGAAGAAGAGGCUGGAAGAGGAGGCCAGACUCAAGAAGAUCCAGCAAGCCGAGGAGGAGAAGAGGCAGCAGGAGCUGGUGGCCAAGCGGGCAGAGGAGGAAGAGCGCGCUCGCAAGCUGGCUGAAGCCCGCAGAGCUCUGGAAAUGAGGAGGGAGCGGGAGAAGGAGCAGGAGCAGGAGAAGGAGAGACGAGCUCUUGCUGAACGAGAGCGUGCAGAGAGGGAGAAAGCUCUAGCUACUCUCUGGGCAAACAGAGAGAAGGAGAGGAAAGAGAUGGAAGAGAAAAGAAACCUUGAGGAAAAGAGAAGGAGGGAGGAGCACCAGCGGCUGGCUGCUGAGAACGCUGCCCGAGAAGCUGCGAUGCACAAAAUGGCUGCUGCCUCGGCUGCUUUAAAUGUCAAGAGCUCUCUACUCAACAGCCCAGUGAGGAAGGGGGCGGCCCUGAACAUCACUGUGGAGGUUGAGAAAUCCCCUCAGUCCUACAGCCUCACUCCCAAGGGUGGCAAUAAACCACUUCUUAAAAGUAACAGUGCUGAGGAUUAUGGGAUGGACCAAAAAAGCGAUGACUCCACUGAUGACGAGUCGGCGCCACGGAAACCAAUCCCGUCAUGGGCAGAAGGUCACAAUCUGCAGCAGGCCAUCACCAAGCAGUACUUCAACCCCCCAGAUCUGCAUACCUACUUUGGAGUAUGCGAGCCUCCGAAGCUGGAGGACAUCUUCUAUAAGAGCAAACCGCGCUACUUCAAGCGCACAAGCUCCGCUGUAUGGCACUCUCCCCCCCGACACGGAAAUUAUUAAAUAUCAGGGAUGGGUAUUCUCUUUAAGGUUUCGUAUAAAUGGAUUUAAAUAAUGUUUUCAUUUUAAUUAGUUUUUCCUUUUUUGUAUUGUAUCUGAGAAAUAUGUCCAGUGGAAGCGACCUCUUUAAUCAAACGUUGUGUCUGCAUGGACCUUAUUGUUUAUAUGUCAUGUGCUGUGGAGAAUAUCCACUCUUUGAAAAAUAAAAGUUGCAACCGUG